UAUUAUGGACCUGUCAAUAUGGUAACAUUUAAUGUUGGUUAUCAUAUUGAACACCAUGAUUUUCCAUAUGUUUGCGGCAGCAACCUCCCCAAGAUCGCAGCCAUUGCUCCCGAAUAUUACGAAGAUUACAUGGUGCAUUCGAGUUGGAUUUAUAUGAUUUAUGAUUUUCUCACAAAUCCUGAUAUGUCUCUAUAUUCUCGAGUCAAAAGAAAAACUGUGAAACCUAGUGAUGUGCGCUUUUUUGAUAGUGGACCGAAUAGCUCAUACUUCAUCUACAAGUUCUUUGCAUCUGUAAGUAAAUUUGCCAUUACACAUUGA